AAUCGCGUCUUCCUGCGAUAAGAUUCCUCACAAAACUCUAUAAAACGAUUACCGCCCGUAUCCAACGGGGUUAGUCCGUUUGAAACGAAACAUGAAAGCCACAGCUGCGCUUGCAUUGCUAGUCUGUUACUUGGCCGUCGGCUACUGCCAAGGCCCAGAAGAACCGGAGCCAUGGGCACUGAUCCCGGAUGGUGCGGGCCACAUGCACAUGGUCAACAUCAACCCCGUCAAUGUACCCGAAGGCGAAGAUGAAGUCGAACCACUGUUCAAUCCGGAGUCCGAUGUAGUCUUCCGACUGUACACCAGACGCAACCCGGUUCACGAGCAGCUGAUCAGAUGGGACGACGCCUCUUCGAUUUCCAACUCGAACUUCAAUGCGGCUAAUCCGACCCGGUUCCUCAUCCACGGAUGGGUGGAGGGCCAGGAUGCUACGCUGCACUGGGUUAUCAAGGACCACUACAUGCGCGUCGGAGACUUCAACGUCAUCAACGUGGAUUGGGGUGCAGGUGCGCAAACCAUCAACUACAUUGCCGCCCGUAACCGCGUCGGAGGAGUCGGAAUGAUUGUAUCCCGUGUGAUCGAUGUGAUUCGAGCUACUACCGGGCAAUCGCUGAACAUGAUCAACGUCGUCGGAUUCAGUUUGGGAGGACAUGCCGCCGGUAACGCUGGCAAGGGACAGAACGGCCAGCUCAACUCGGUGAUCGCUCUGGACCCGGCUGGCCCGCUGUUCUCGCAGGGACAAGCUGACAUCCUAACAGCCAACGAUGCAAUCUACACGGAAGCCAUCUACACCAAUGCUGGAAACCUCGCAUUCGACGUUCCGUUGGCGCAGGCCAACUUCUACCCGAACGGUGGACGAUCGCAGCCGGGUUGCAUUACGUCCACUUGCGCUCACAUGCGGGUGAACGAACUGUUCGCCGAAUCGGUGUCCACCGCUAACCACUUCAUUUCCAUGCGGUGUGCCAACUACAAUGAAAUUCUGGCCGGAACUUGUUCUUCCGUUGGGCCGUACGCCAAGAUGGGUGGUGAACCUUCCAACCGAGGACUAGGAGUCAGUGGUGUGUACUAUCUGCGAACGAACGGACAGGCACCGUUCGCCAGAGGCUAGAUAAGGACGCUGUUUAUGUGAUAUUUGUUUAUGUGUCGAACGCUACUGGGGGUAAUAAAGAUUGUUUUACUGAUUUUUUUUAAUCUGA